AGAGCAAUAAUGCAAAAAGAUUGCGUAAAACGAAUCGAUAGCAUCGUGACGUUCCAGUUUAUUGAUUUUUCGGGAUAAAUCGAUAAUGCUCGAAAAAAUCGAUAAAACGUGAAAACUCACUGUCGACGGCAAAAAACAACACAACCAACACCAGAAUAACAUUUAUUUCACGAAAAUUUCAAAGUAAUAAUGCAAAAAGUUUGCGAAAAACGGAUCGAUAGCGUCGUGGCGUCGGCUGUCGAGGGUUCUGGAAUGUUCUACGCGGUGAGAUUCGAGCCGCCGCCGUCGAAAACUUGCUUUGACGUGACUCUAAAGACGUACGGACCGCCCUACACCGAGUACAUCGUAACCGUCGCAAUUCCGCCGAAAUUCCCGUUCUCGCCGCCGGCGAUCACUUGCAAAACUGAUAAAAAUAUGAAAUUCCUGUUUUUGGAGGAAAAUCAAUGGAAACCGUCUACCGGAAUUGUUGCAGUCCUUAUCGAAGCCUGCAGUGUGAUUUCGCGUCGAGACCUGGUCCCCCGUGCACCGGUUCUUCCACGCAUCCGUCCACCACAAGCACGUACGCCAACUAGUGCUUCGCCUGCAAAGUCGCCACAGAAAGCUGAUUGAUUGAUUUUUGAGUAGAAAAAAUAAAGUUUUGAAUGUUUAAAUU